ACCAUCGGACCUCAACUGUUUAUGGCACACAGUCAUUCUCGCGUUUUCUAGUAGGAACUUGGCCGUAUUUUUUUUUUUUUUUCUUAAAUCAGUCGCUGAAUAACUGAGCCGCUGAAUAAUAAGGCAAGAUAGCAGCAGGGAUAAUUGCUUUCCGUUUUCAAGCACAUGUGAGCCGGUUUGACGGCGCGGUCCUUACAUCAUCGAGAGGCAGAAAGAGAGAGAAAGAUAGAGGGAGAGAGGGAGAGAGCGGGAGAGUGAGAUCACUUACAGCAGACUCCUCUCAGUCAGUCCUCCACUGAGAAGCGAGGCUGCCGGUCCUCACAGAUGCGUCUCUCCGCUCCGCGUCUCCUCCACCGAGGUCCCGCACCAGCCCCGAAGAUGCGCCGACUCCGCUCUGCCCAGACGCUCACACUCCUCCUGUCCUCCGUCUUUUUGUGGAUUUUCUGCCAAGUCAACGGUGUGCACGGAGCUCUGCCAACAACCCAGAAAUGUGAUGAGACUCUAGCCUCUCCUCUGCCUCACACGGCCUUCACCAGCUCGUCUGUCUUCUCAAAUGGAUACGCACCUGGAUAUGCCAAGCUCAACAGGAGAGGAGGUGCUGGUGGAUGGUCACCUCUGGACAGCGACCAUUACCAGUGGCUCCAGGUGGACCUCGGCUCCAGAAGGCAGGUUAGCGGCAUAGCAACGCAGGGUCGCUACAGCAGCUCUGACUGGACGACGCGGUACCGUCUCCUCUACAGUGAUAAGGGAAGGAACUGGAAACCAUACCACCAAGAUGGAAAUAUUUGGGCCUUCUCUGGAAACUCCAACUCAGAGAGCGCGGUUCGCCAUGAGCUGCAGCAGGGAAUCGUUGCUCGCUUCCUUCGGCUCAUCCCACUGGCCUGGAGUGAGGAGGGACGGAUUGGUCUCCGCAUAGAAGUCUAUGGAUGCUCCUACUGGGCAGACGUCAUCAACUUUGAUGGACAGGGUGUAAUAUCUUAUCGUUUUAAGGUGAAGAAGAUGAAGAUCAUUAAGGAUGUGAUUGCACUGAGGUUUAAGACUUCAGAAAGUGAGGGUGUGAUCCUCCACGGGGAGGGCCAGCAGGGUGACUACAUCACUCUGGAGCUUCGCAUGGCCAAGUUACUGCUGCAGAUAAACCUGGGCAGUAACCAGUAUGGAUCUAUUAUGGGCCACACCUCUGUGACCACCGGCAGCCUCUUGGAUGACAACCACUGGCACUCAGUGGUGAUCGAACGCUACCGUCGCAAUGUUAACUUCACGUUAGACCGACACACUCAGCACUUCAGGACCAACGGAGAGUUUGACCAUCUUGAUCUGGACUACGAGCUGAGUUUCGGGGGGAUGCCUUACAGUGGGAAGCCAGUAGGUGGUGGGAGGAAAAACUUCAAAGGCUGCAUGGAGAGCAUCAACUACAAUGGAGACAACAUUACAGACCUCGCCCGCAGAAAGAAACUAGACACCUCCAGCUUUCGUAACCUGUCUUUCUCCUGUAUGGAGACCCACACUUUCCCAGUCUUUUUCAACGCCACCAGCUUCCUGCAGCUGCCGGGUCGAGCCAAUCAUAACACGGUAUCAGUGGGCUUCCAGUUUCGUACGUGGAACCCCGAUGGCCUCCUCCUCUUCAGUAACCUUGACGAUGGCACGCUGGAGAUCUCCCUGGAGGACAGCAAGAUUAUUGUUCAUAUCAACGUGACAAAGGCAGCCAAGAACUACAGAGCAGACUUAGCUUCAGGUUCUGGUCUCAAUGAUGGACAGUGGCAUGCAAUACGUUUGGUUGCCAAAGAAAACUUUGCCAUGCUGACAAUAGAUGGGGAGGAAAUGUCUGCUGUGCGUUCCACCUCACCUCUCAGCAUCACCACAGGAGGAACUUAUCACCUGGGAGGGUAUUUUCUGCAGACUCUGUUCCCACCAUCCCAGCGAUCAUUUCAGGGCUGCAUGCAAUCAAUCGUGGUGGAUGACCAACCUGCUGAUUUACAAGCGUUGGAGAAAGGCACUGUGGGAGCCUUUGAGAACGUCAGUCUGGACAUGUGUGCGAUUAUAGACAGGUGUAUGCCUAAUCACUGUGAACAUGGAGGUCGGUGCAAGCAGACGUGGGACAGCUUCAGCUGUACCUGCGAUGGAACGGGAUACAGUGGAGCCACGUGCCACACUUCCAUCUACGAGCCAUCAUGUGAGGCCUAUAAGCAUAUGGGUAGAUCAUCUGACACUUACUGGAUUGAUCCUGAUGGCAGUGGACCACUUGGCCCCUUCAGAGUCAACUGCAACAUGACAGAAGAUAAAGUGUGGACAACAGUUGUGAACAACUUGCCACCCAAGACCAUAAUCACUGGCUCAAGCAGAGAGAGACGAACUGUCCUACAGGUCAACUACAGCGCCUCUAUGGACCAGGUGACGGCCAUCACCACCAGUGCAGAAUACUGUGAACAGCAAAUUGCCUACAGCUGCCGCAUGUCCCGACUGCUCAACACUCCAGGAGAUGGGACCCCCUACACGUGGUGGGUGGGCCGAGGCAGCGAAAAGCACUUCUACUGGGGUGGCUCAGGGCCUGGCAUCCAGAAAUGCGCCUGUGGUAUCGACAGAAAUUGUACUGACCCCAAGUACGACUGCAACUGUGAUGCGGAUGCCAAACAAUGGAGAGAGGAUUCUGGUCUCCUGAUAUAUAAAGAACACCUGCCAGUCAGCCAAGUUGCCGUUGGUGACACAAACAGACCGGGGUCUGAGGCCAAGAUCACUGUUGGACCACUCCGUUGCCAAGGAGAUGAUAACUACUGGAACGCUGCAUCGUUCACCACCCCGUCCUCCUACCUGCACUUCGCCACCUUUCACGGUGAGAUCAGCGCCGACAUCUCCUUCUAUUUCAAGACAAGUGCCCCCUAUGGCGUCUUCCUGGAAAACCUGGGCAACACCGACUUCAUCCGGCUGGAGCUCAAAUCCCCUAAGGUAGUCUCCUUCUCCUUUGACGUUGGCAACGGACCCGUGGAGUUAACGGUGCAUUCAGCUACACCCCUCAAUGACGACCAAUGGCAUCGCGUGAUGGCCGAGCGCAACGUGAAAGAAGCAGUCCUCCAGCUGGAUCAGACUUACCGGGCAUCUCGACUGGCCCCCCCACAGGGACACACGCGGCUAGAGCUGUUCAGCCAGCUCUACGUAGGGAAACCGGCUUCGCUCACCUGCCAAGACAGUGCUGCGGGGGGGCAGAGGGGGUUUCUGGGAUGUAUCAGAGCCCUACGAAUGAACGGCAUCACCCUGGACCUGGAGGAGAGGGCCAAGGUAACUCCUGGGGUCAAGCCUGGUUGCCAGGGCCACUGCACCAGUUUUGGGAUGUACUGCCGGAAUGGAGGAAAGUGCGUAGAAAAGUAUAAUGGCUAUCUAUGCGACUGCUCCGCCACCGCCUACGACGGCCCAUUCUGCACAAGAGAUGUCGGGGGUUUCUUUGAGGCAGGAACACUGGUGAAGUACAACUUCCUGCCUGAAGCACUUGCAGGAGCCAGUAAAGACACAAAAGCCUUAACACAUCAGCUGAUGUCACAUGAAGUGAAUCUAACUAAGGAGGUAGUAGCUUUCAGCUUCAGGACAUUCAGCGCUCCUGCUAUUCUGAUGUAUUUGAGCUCCAAGACGCAGGACUAUCUGGCCGUGGUGUUAAGACAGAAUGGUUCCCUGCAGGUGCGCUAUAGCCUGGGCGGUCUGAAGGAGCCAUUUGUAAUAGAGGUGGAUCAGCGUAACCUUGCCAACGGACAGCCACAUAGCAUUGACAUGACCCGUGAUAACAGAACCAUCACCAUCCAGUUGGAUCAUUAUCCUCCUGUCAGCUAUAACCUCCCAGAUGCUUCAGACACACGGCUCAACCUGGUCAAGACACUUUUCUUGGGCAAAGUCUAUGAAACUGGUCACAUAGACCCGGUCCUCAUCGAGCGUUACAACACCCCCGGAUUCGUCGGCUGUCUGUCACGGGUGCAGUUCAACGGAAUCGCUGCGCUCAAGUCCGCCCUGCGAACGUCUACACGGGCUCAGGCCGCGCCGGCAGCUGCUCAACCCGACAAACAGCCUGCAGCCGCCUCACCUGCGUCUUACCAGGGCAAUCUGGUGGAGUCCAACUGUGGGGCAUCACCUCUCACCAUCCCACCAAUGUCUGCAGCAACGGAUCCCUGGCAUCUGGACAACACAGAUGCAGAGUUCCCCUUCAACGAGGAAAGAGUCAUCCCUGAUGGAGUCAACAGGGACUCGGCCAUCAUCGGAGGUAUCAUCGCGGUGGUGAUCUUCACCAUCUUGUGCACGCUGGUGUUCCUGAUCCGCUACAUGUUCCGUCACAAAGGCACCUACCACACCAACGAGGCCAAAGGCAGCGGGGAGUCUGCCACGGAGUCGGCGGACACGGCCAUCAUCGGCACCGACAACCCAGAGACCAUCGACGAGUCAAAGAAGGAGUGGUUCAUCUAACGACUAAUGAUGGAACUCAGACGCAGAGGAGUUUGUGAGACCAUCAGUUGUUUAAUCAAGAGACCAAACACUGGAGAGAUGGAAGAUUGGCUAUUCAGUAGGACAACAAACUCCCAGAAAAGGCGAGAUGUGGGAAAGAAACACGUGUACAGAGAUAUUUUUUGCUUUGUUUUGUUUGUUUCUUUCUUUUUUUUAUACAUAUAUAUCUAGAGUAUUAGAAAAAGAAGAGAGGGACACUUAUUCGGUGGAGCACAAUUGUAAGAGACUUUAUGUGUACAUACUAACAAGCUUGUCCUUCUUUGUAUUGUGCUUGGGAGUUUUUGGGAGUCCUUUGAAUACUGUAAAUGACAAAUAAUUACUGGGUGGUGUAAUAGCAAAAAUGUAUCGCCAGUCCCUGUUGCAUUUUGAUUUUAUAUUUUAACAAAAAUCUUAUAUCAAAAAUGACCAAAUCAACAUGCCAAACCCUUUUUUUCUUUCUUUCUUUCUUUGCACCAGUCUGUCAACACAUGUUCAUCAUCUGAUACACCACUUCUAUAGUGGUAGCAUAGAGGUGACUAUGGAUGCCAAACAUUUCUUUGUAAAUACAAUAUUUUAUGUUACUUUGUCUUCAAAAGAUUUAUUUAAAGUCUAAACAUCGAUGAGAAACGUCAUAUCUAUAUUACAGUGAUAUAUGUUCAUGAUAUUAUAAAUGUGUGUGUGAAAUACAGAGUUUUAUGUUUAAAUCUCAUGACAUUCGAUUGUAUGAGAUGUUCCUCCCUGCAGCAGGGCAGAGAGGGAUUUCUCAAAGAAUGAUGGGAAAUCAGACACAUGGUUGGUUUAGUUCAUCCUCACGGCAGCUUUCUUUGAAUUUAGAGUGGGUGAAACAGAGAAAAGCAUUCAAACAUUUGUUUCUUUGCCAAACACUUAAGUCUUAAAACCGAUUUUUGCAUUUAAUGUUUGGCUUUGAGUUUCAGAGUUUUAUGCAUUUUUUUUAUCAUCAUUAUUUUGCAUCUUAGACUAACAUUUUGCAAAGCAUGCAUCAGUGUGUGUUGGCCAAUUCCAGGAUGAAACAAGUGCCAGAGGAGGCAGCUGGGGCUCAUACAGAGGAGAUCAAAUGUCUCAAAAAGCAGCAAGGGAAAAAAAAAAUAUCAGAGAAACACCUGCAGCGAGCUGAGAUGAUGAUUGGCUUACAAUCCCGCUGUGCCUUCAAGGUGUUGAGCCAUGUCGCCUUGCCUCACUCUACUUAACUCAAACCCGUCACCAAAACUGGGCGGCUGCUGCGUGAAAUCUCUCCAGGUGUCCUCCGACUCCUGCUCUCAAUGGUGCUGUUCAGUUUCCGAUGAAUCCCCAUAAAACCUUGACUUGGAAUAAAAUAAAUAAAUGACCAGAAACUCCUCCCAUCUGGAGAAGUUAGCAGCUGCCCUGUGAGACACACGUGAAGCACCGUCUCUUGUUCAGUUGCAAGAGCCACAUGCUCAGAAUGAGGUGACGGUGGCUCUGCAGCGGCAAUUUUGAACCAUGUUUUUCACGCGAGUUAUGUUUACCUGUUACCUGUGUCGCAACUGAAAACUGUUAACAAUAACGUUAUUUUCUUUGUGAAUUUGUAUUUUCUUUUUGUACGUCUGCUUGGUCAAACAACUCCAUCUCUGGCGUGGGCGGGUUUGGUGCAUCACCGUGAUCAUCGUCACCUCAGGGUUGAGUGUUAACCAUGGAUCACUAUCGGAGGACAGCUGAUGAGUUCAGCCUGCCUUCUACUGAGGCCUCAAAGAAAGCUUUCUCUGUUCUCGUGUCAUAUUGAGCAACUCUAUUUCCCUUUUCCUUUUUUUUCUUGAUUAAAAUACUCAUUCUCCAUAUAGACAUGCACACACUCGUGAAAUGUGGCAUGAACAUGACGAAUGAAGUGUCGGCACUGACAGACUAAACCAUAACCCAUAUGUUUUGCUUUCAGUGCUACUGAGUUCAAUAAAAAAGUGUUUGAUCAGUAAAUCCGUCUUCUUGAAUGCAUCAGUUUUAUGAAGAGCAUGUUCAAAUGCAGAUACACUUCCACUCGGUGUCACACCACCUUCUAACCUGAAUUAAUGAGCCCUGUUUUAUGAAAUUGAGUUUAAAAAGAUAUAUAAGAAGGGAAGGAAAGAAAAGCAAGAAAGAGAGGGUCUGAAAAGGUGAAGAGAAAAAUCAGCAUUCAAUGUGAAUUCAUCACCAAUACAGAUUUAUCCAGUGGGGUUUGUUACAAUGACUUCAUUUAGCACCAGCCUUAGUUUAAUUUGUUUAACCCUAAAAAAUAAGCAAUACUUGAUUAUCUUUGUGUUUGUUUCUAGUUAUAUUAUAUUUUUUAAGUAAAAAAUGUGGUUUGUCUCGUAUUGAAGGUGGAGAUGCUGCCCUCUUGUGGACAUAAGUUGCAUCUGUAAUCGGACAUUAUAAAGACAAACCAGCGUCAAAAACCAGUUUAAAUGUGAUUUCAACACAAUUAUACGUCCUCCUGAAAAUAUAUUAGGAUGUUUCCACUCAUGGACCACAUUAAGGAAACAUAUGAAGCAUGCAACAGUAAGGGACAAGCAGGAAAAUGACUGGUGAUCGCCUCAAUCAAAACGGUAAAAACGUCUAAAAUUGACUCAAAGCAAAUGAACAAAACUUUUUUUUUUUUUUUAAGUAAUGAUGCACCAAGAA